GAGGAGGAGAUGUCGAAGAAGAAACAAAAUAAACAAAAGAAGAAAAGGGAUAGGAGAAGAGAAAGACGAGAUAGAGAAAGAGAGAUGGGAGAAACGACCAAAUACCAAAAGCAAGAACAAGUAAAAGCAGAAGGCGAAGGAUCACAGGGUAGUCGGGGCAAGCAAGCAAGCAGGAAAGCAAGGAGGAAAGUGAGCAAGAAAGCAAGCGAUCGGGAAAACAACAAAACAAACAAACAAGCAAGCGAGAAAACAGCAAAACAAACAAACAAGCAAGCAGGAAAACAAGAAAACAAGCCAGGAAACAAGCAAGCAAGGAAUCCGACAAGCACAAUAGUGCCCAACAGAGGCAACCUCCGCGCUCUGCCCCGACCCUCGCGCUCAGUAGCUCAGAGUGAGGGGAAGAGACAGCACGCUCUUUCGCUGCUCCGUCGGCCGGUCGGUGGGUAAUGUCCUAACCUAAGCAGCCUUAUUCCGUUCCCCAAUGGAGAGCAGAACUACAAGCGGUCAGUGGCAAAGGCAGUGUAGUUGAGACACUGGAAGCCGCUGGGAAAUGAUAAGUGAAAAUAAAUGAAAUACAUGAAAAUUACCAUUGGAUUUGUGAAUGUGCGAAACUCUGAAUACAAGUGAAGAAACGAUGAAAUCUUGCAGAGAAGUUUAGUCGCAGCAAAAUUCUCGAUUAUUUUUUUUCCUCACGCUAACCGAGAAGAAAAGGCCUGGACUCGAAGGACGGACAUUUUCAACUCGAGUCCAGGGUUUCCUCUCAGCCAAACCACACGGUUGUUGUGGCUGCUCCGCCUGCCCGGUACUUACUGAGGGUCUUUAGCCAGGCAGGAAGGCAGGGCAGGCAGGCAGGAAGGCAGAGAACACGAAGGACGGACGCCAAGGAACUUCUGGUGGUUCCUUCAAAACCCACCUGGAGCUCCUUCGUAUCCUAAAGGGCCUCCUCCUCCUCCACCACUAUGAGGAACUUUGUCUACUACACCGUGAUGGGUCCUUGUAAAUGGGUUCAGCUCUCCUUGCAUCUGAUACGUGGCAGAUCCUACAACUUGUUCGAGAAUGAGGACGGCAGUGACGUCAUACUGAUGGUGGGCGACGAGGAGUAUCGAGAGAGGGUCCCCGCCCACUCCUGGGUCCUGGCCGCCGGGAACCAGUACUUCCGGGCCAUGUUCCAGGGGCCCCUCGCCGACAGGCACAAGAAGACCUACGAUAUCCCCAAUGACCCCAAGGGCUUUCAGAACCUGCUGAAAUGGCUAUACCGUCAUGAGUGUGGAAUCCAGAGCAUCGACAGUGCACUCAUCACUCUCCAAGUUGCCAUACAGUAUCUCUGCCCAGAAUUAGCUGAGCUGUGUGUGGCAUACAUUGGGAAGCACUUGACUGUGGGGAAUGUCCUCAAGGUGCUACAGUACACUUGGCGUUACUGUCCCUCGCAGCAGUGCACCGAUCAGAGUCAGGCAAACCUCGACCCCUCAACCGCCCCGUCUGCACCCAGUCUAGAGGCCCUGGAAGAAACCUCCAGGCCAGAAACAAACAGUUAUGGUGCCAGUGACCCCAAGCCACACCAACCGUCAUCACAGCACACCAUCCACAGUAUGACGCAGUUGCAAGAUAUCCUAGAUGACUCAGAAUUUCAGGAUCCAACUGCCUGUUGUAGUGAUUUAUUCAAUGUCUGUCUAGAUGUAGUUGACAGAGGAACUCAGUCUGUCCUCGCUACAGAAUUCUUAGAGGAACUCGACUCCACCACCCUUCAGCUCAUCCUAAGGAGAUCCACGCUGAAUGUGCCCAAUGAACUGAAGGUGUUCCAGGCACUGCAACGGUGGUCAACAGCAGAGUGCAAGCGCCGCAUGCUCCCCCUCACCCCUGACAACAGAAGAGCUGUGCUGGGCCAUCUUUUGUACCAUGUACGAUUUUUAUGUAUGAACAAUGAGCAACUGCAACAAACUAUGAGCCUAUUAACUGCAGAUGAGUUCAAUUAUCUAGCUGCUCGCAUCUCUGGUCACAACCCAGUGAAAGUGCCACCCACCCUCUCUCCGUACUUAGUAACAAUGUCAACACCUCGCUGCCAUAAGCCCACAGGAUUGCUUCAGUCCGGCUCAAGUAGUGCAGAUAGCAAGAGCAAGAAAAAGAACAGCAGUGGCAAGAAAAAGUACACUAAGAAGGAGCUUGUGUUGGACGUUGUAUCUUGUCUGGCGGUUUUGUUUGAUUAGGUUUAGUUACCCAUGGCUUCUCAGUCACAAAGAUUUCUAUUCUUAAAAAUUGUUCUCAACUGUCUUCAAUUCAACAAAAGUUUAUUAACCUCUGUGAGGCCUCUCUCUUAUUUGUUUUAGAUUUUCAAUGGAAGUUUACUUAUUGUUUCAUUGUAAUUCUCACCGACACAAAAUUGCUAUUUGUUAAAGAGUUCAACCACUGUUAUAAUUCCUUUGACCCGGUAGACAACAGGUGAACAGAUUCUAUUGUUGUAGCGAGUGAAAUUUAUUUGAUUUGAUAAGAGACAUUUUAUUGUAUAGAUGUUAAUUCCUUCAUAAUUUUAUACAUAGGAAUAAUUUUCAAAAUGACUCGUCCUAUGAAGAUGGGCUGUCAUCUUGACAGUAUAACAGAAAAUGGAAUAUGAGGCACUUCAGAGAAUGUGCUUUUUGUGUGAUUAAGAAAAGAAAAAAAUAAUUAUAUAUAUGAAUAUAAAAAAGUUGCCUUAACUUAAAACUUGUUAGAUGUUCUGUGUGACUAUAGAAAAAAAAUAAAAAAACUUUUUUCUUUUUUUGUAUCAUACUGCUUCUCUCUGUAUAAUCUACUGAUAUGUUGUAUUGUGUUGACAGUUCAUAGUCUAGUCAUUUUUUUUAUACACACCAAGGGGUGGUAGCAAAACAAGCAAAGCUCAAGGGUUAGAUUCAUCAAGGAAAAGAGAAACGCUUCUAUUCACCAAUCACUAACACAAUCAGUUUACAAAUCACUCUGUUGUGAUAAUCCCUUGAAAUCCUAUGGUCACAAUGCUGUUUCUAUAAAGACCUCUUCCUUAAUGUGUCUUCAACAGUUGUAAUAUGAGGCUUUGUGAACCCUUAACCAAAAAAAAAAAAAGGAAGAAAAAAAUAUAUAUAAAAAUAAAAAUAAAAAUAUGAAAGAAACACUAUAAAAAUGAAGCUACACUUUUUCCUUGAUUCCUAACGACUCUCACGCUUUUUGCGAAUUUACCGCCACCUCAUUUGGAUGAAAUCCUGGUGAAUGAUUUACUGGGUUGGCGCCAUGGAUUAUUUGUGUGCCGCUCAUGUAAAAAACUGACACAUAUUUUUAAGUGUGAAAAUUCUCAUAAAUAUUUAUAGUUGACAUAAGUUACUGUAUUUAAUAUUUUUUUCCUUUUCUUUUUUUUAUUUACUUCUCAUGAAUGUGUAUGAAAUUCUAGCAGAUAUACCAUAUAAGGCAUGGAAUGUAUACAAAAGUGUUUAUUUAGUUGCCUAAGAAUUUGUGUACAUUUUAUACAGACCUGUUUGAAUAUAUGUAUAGGUGGAUAAUUUCAAGUGAUAAAACUGGACACUAACAUUCAGUCAAGAACAUGAAUAUGACCCAUGCUCUGAAAAUAAAUUUACAAUGAGAUAACUGUAUCUGGUAUUCUACUUUGUAUCGAAUGAUGUGUGUUCAGAUAUGCACAGAAACACACAUGACACAUUUAUUCACUUUUGUUUUGUACUUCAACAAGAUUCAAUAAUAAUUUUUUUUUAAAUGCUUGCUGAAUACAUGCAUGAAAGGACUUUUUACAGGAAACAUUCUUUGAACUCUAUAUUUUGCUGCCUUAUUACCUUUUUUUUUUAAACAUGCAAUUUCUAUCUUGUAAAAAUAUUGAUGUUAAUCUGUAUGCAUUUGUAGCUUGAAUACUGUAAGGUUAUAUAGUAUAGUUAUGUCUGCUGUCGUUCUGCCUUGACAGCAUUUCAGAAGUGACUCUCUCUCUCUCUUCUCUCUCUCUCUCUCUCUCUCUCUCUCUCUCUCUCUCUCUCUCUCUCUCUCUCUCUCUCUCUCUCUCUCUCUCUCUCUCUCUCUCUCAUCCAAAUCUUCUUAUUUUCAUAGCACAAGUUCUUGAAGAAGAGUGAAUGAAACAAUUACUUAUUUUUUCCACAAAAUACAGUCUUCCUAGUUAUUUGGUUUCAUGCAUAUUGCUCAAUUUCAAAUCUAAAUUUUCAAUUUUCAAAAGUGCUCAGUGAUGCAAAACAAUGCAAAUUUUGCUCUUGAUUUUAAUUUUCUCUCUCUCUUUCUCUAAAAAGUCUGUUUAUAAUUAAUAUGUGGAUAACUAGUACAAUAUCAUAACAUUUUCCAUUCAAUCUGAGUUCACUUUCUUCACCUUUCAUCUCUAUUGUAAUGUUAAGAGUUAAUCCAGUUAAUCAAAAAACUGCUCAGUUCAGCAGUAUUCUAAUAAUGACAAAACCAGUAAUUUAGGAUGUAUUCAUAAGUGUCUAUCAAGGAAAUUCCACAAGCAUUGAAUAGUCAACCAAAGAAUUAAUAUGACAUGAUUCUUGAUGUCAAGGCUUUCAACGGUGAAAAUAAAAAUUCUGGAAUAGAAAUAAAAGAAAUUAAAAGCUGGAGAAAAUUGUUAUUGACUAAAAUUCUAUUUGCAUGAGAUGAACAAUUGUAAUUAAAAUGACAUACUGCAAGUCUUUUGGGUCUUUUGGUGCAGCAGACAUAAAUAAUAUGUACAAUACUUAAGAUGAAAGGGAAGAUAACACUAAAUAAAUUUUGUAGUCAAACGGAAUGAUUCUAAAGCCAAAUUAUUUCAAGCAUUUUUCUCUACAUAUUUUACUAAAAGACUGACUGAAAUUACAAUGUGUACUUAAGCAAAUAAGGAACCUAUUGAAAACAGAAAAGUUAAUGCAGCAUCAAUGAUACAGAUAUAAAACGAUAAUCUUUUACAAGCUUGGCAGUCGCAUUCUUAAAUUUUACAAGUAAACUCUGAUUUGGAAUACGAGCUGCUGUUUUAUAGUUUCCUUUUGGUUAGGAGUUUCUUAAUGUUAACGAUAAGCUUUGUUGAUGUUGUAUGUACAUGACACAGACAACCAAAGGGAGGCAAGAUCAACUAGUUAUUUUAGUAAUAAUUAGUGCUGUUCAUGUUGACAAGGUACUCGAAUACUAUUAUCACGCUCAGGUCUUGUGUUUGUGCUUCUCAAUGACUUGUUUAGGAGAAACGUUUAUCGGAUAGGUUAAAACUUCUCUAUUUUCCAAGUCUACCUUUGAUGUAGCAAUGUUUGACACUGUGAAUGAAAACCUGAGUUUGGGUCUGUAUGCCAAUUUCAAAGUGACUAGAAAAUACUUUUUUUUUUUUUUUUUUUUUAUUAUUAUUACUUUUUUUUUUUUAAUAGGCAUUUUUACAAGUGUACUGAAAAGGAGAAAAAAAUAUUGUCACCAUAAAUAAAUCAGGAUAAAUGAC